AUGCGUGCCCCUGCGCCAAAGGUGUGGCAACAAUCCUGUUCGCUUGUUGUAUGGGAGUUGAUGAAAGAUCAUAAAGACCCAUAUAUACGUGAAGCAGCCAGAUUUAUUAAACGUGCAUGGUUAGAACAAGCGAUGAAAUACUCUCAUAUACCAUUAAUUAAUUGUGAAAUUGAACGUGUUAUUAUUUAUAAUUCAAAUUUAACAGCUGGUUUCAAUUUAUUACCAGCAAUACUUAUUCGAGAUAAAACAAGUAUGGUUCAUCUUCGAUUCACUGACCCUUGA